UGAUAGAUCAUCAAUCGAUCAUCGCAUCAGUCAAUCAACAAACCUAUCAAUCAUCCAAUCAUCCAAUCAAUCAAUCAAUCAAUCAAUCAAUCAAUCAAUCGAUCAACCAAGCAAUCAAUCGUGGUCGUGCAAUGAGAGCAGAAUCGACGGUCGUGGUAGUUGGAAGGAGAAGAUCUUAGUGGAUAUGGAAAUGAUUGUCACGGCUAUUUGCCGCGAAGCGCGAUGAUUGCAUUUAGUAGCAAAGGCAAGACGAGUAUGAUGGGCAGGGACAGCUGGAGGAGGAGGAGGAGCGAUAGACAGGGGGGUCGUCAUCACCUGCGGUAGAUGGGUUAAUUGAUUGAUUGAUUGAUUGAUAAGAGAAAGGUGUUCUUGUUUUGAGGGAAAAGGGAAGGGGAGAGUAGUAGAGGAGAAGGGGAAGGAGGCGUUUUUCGCAAGGAAGAGAGAGGAGAGGAGAAGGAGAAAGGAGAAGGAAGGGAGGAGGAGGAGGAGGAGGAGGAGGAGGAGGAGGAGGAGGAGAUACGCGCGGUGGCGGAGGGGCGGAAUAGCUAGAUCCAGCGUGGAGUGCCGACAUGGCGAAGAAGGAGAAAGUAGGCGAUGAAAGUGGAGAGAGGAGAAAGAAGGGCAGAGAUGCAGCCGCAGCGGCGGCGUCGAAGUCCAUAGAGGAUGAGGAGGGAAAGAGAGAGGGGAAAGGAAAGACGACGGAUUCUGUUGCUGACGUGGAGGCUAUCAAGGCUGACGUGGCAGCGUUUGCUGCUGAUCUGGGAUUUGCCACGUCGCUGGGAAAAGCUUCAGGUUUUGACGAUCGGGACUUCCGCAGGCCGCCGCGCAAACUAGGAUCGAGGAGGACGGAGGAUGAAGAAUCAGAUAGCGAUGGUGGCGAUGGCGGCGGCUAUGGUGAUGCUGAUGGUGACGAUGAGAACGAUGGAGGGAGAAGCCGAGGAGGAGGAGGAGGAGGAGGAGGGAGACGAGAGAAAGGUGUGGCAGGAAGAGGAGGAGGAGGGAGGUUAGGUAGACAAGAAGCGGGGGGUAGAGGAGGUAGGUUAGGAGAAGGAGUAGGGAGAGGAGAUCGGCGAUCGGAGCGGGAACAGAGGGAGGCUGGGCCGGUGCAAAAAGGGGCGAAAGUAGGGAGUGAAGAGAGAGAGGGAGGGAGAGAUGGGAUGGGAGAGGGAGGAAGGAGGUAUGGAAGUGUCAAGCCGUGGGAGAAAGAAGAAGGGGAGUUUUCUGAGAAGGGGAGACCUCACAAGGCCAUCGCGAAUUUCAAAGGGAAGUUGGAUCUGCCGCCGGGAGUGUGGUAUGACGUGGCGUCGACGCUGGUGCAGCAAUUGAUACCGAGGGAGGGAGAGGGAGGAGGUUCCGCACUGCAAAGGAGGGAGGGGGUGGAGUGGGAGAAUUUGGUGGAGCAGAAGAAGAGGGAAGGCGAGGCGCUAAUGUAUGUGAAGAUGGAAGAGUACGAACGAGAGAAGGCCAAGGACAGCGAUGCCAAAUGGCUUGCCACUGUCAGGCAGUCGGGAACUUCUGUGGAUAAGGUUGCCGCCAUGACCGUUGCUGUUCAAGAGGAUCCCAUCGCCAACAUCCGCAGCUUGGAUGCGCUCUUGAACAUGAUGGAAUCUAAGGGAGGAAAGAAGUUUGCGGCUAUGGCAACGGAUUCACUUCGGGAGUUGUUCUUGAGAAGUCUUCUCCCUGACAGAAAGCUGAAGUUUCUGCAUCAGCAGCGGCUUGAUGUGCUGCCACCUGGCAAAGAGGGGUGGAAGUUGUUAUUACUUUGGUUCUGGGAGGAUCGGCUGAAACAAAGGUUUGAGAGAUUUGUUGGAGUAGUUGAGGCAGGCACCAAGGACACACUUUUAUUUUUCAAGGAGAAAUGCAUUAAGGCGGUGUUCGAGUUACUUAAAGAGAAACCAGAGCAAGAGCGGUGGCUUCUGUCCAUAUUGGUAAACAAGCUGGGAGACCCUGAUAGAAAGACAGCUGCGAGAGCGAGCUCCAUGCUUUUGUCUCUUAUAGAGGAGCACCCGAACAUGAAGAGAGUCAUUGUCCAGGAAGUGGAUCAUUUUGUCUUUCGUCCACGGGUGGGGACCCGCGCAAGAUACUAUGCGGUGGUGUUUCUGAACCAGAUUUUCCUUUAUAAGAAAGCUGACGGUCCUCAGCUAGCAAAGACUCUCAUCGACUUCUACUUUGGCCUUUUCAAGGUUGUAACGAAGGGAGAGGACGAAGAGGACGAGGGGGAGGGCGCAGAUGGUAAACGCCGGCAUUUGAGUCGGGAAGAGUACGAUAAAGCCAAGAAGGCACUACUGAAGAAGAAAAUCAAGGAAAAGAAGAAGAAGGCAGCUGGGAGGAAGAGUGGCGUUGAAAUGGACUCUCGUCUUCUGUCUGCCUUGCUUACAGGUGUGAACAGAGCAUUUCCGUAUGUGGAGGCUGAUGAUGUUGAAGCUGUAAUUGAAGAACACACCCCUUCACUGUUUAAAAUGGUUCAUUCAGAAAAUCUUAAUCUGGCAAUUCAGGCGCUGACGCUCGUAUAUCAGCUGAUGGCGGCGCAUGAGACAAUAAGUGAGCGUUUCUACAGAGCGCUUUUUGCUGUCCUCUUUUCCCCUCAACUUUCCAAAACAUCAAAGGGGGCAAUGUUCUUAGCGAUUGUCCACAAGGCGAUGUGUGCGGAUGUCAACAUCAAACGUAUUGCGGCUUUUGUCAAGCGGCUAUUGCAGGUGGCAUUUCAGCAGCAACCACAAUUCACCUGUGGGUUACUCAUGAUGAUUUCAGAAGUGCUCAAGGCACGUCCCACUCUCUGGAAUUCAAUUCUUCAGCCUGAAGAUGCAGAUGAAGAUGAACAUUUUGUGGAUGUUCCUGACACGGAUAAUCCGGAUCCUAACAACGGGGAUGGUGCUGGUGGUGGUAAGGGUGGGGGAAAGCGAAAAGGUGUGAAGAAAGACGGGAAGGUAUCUAGAAAGGAUACUGAGGAUGAUGUGGAUGGUGGUGAUAGUCACAGUGAUGGUGAGGAUAUCAGCAUGGGUGAGGAAAGAGAUGCGCUGGCGGGUGUUAAUAUCGACAUUGGAGGCGAGGAAACAGACAGUGAUGAUGAAGAUGGUGAUGAUGAAGAUGAUAGUGAAGAUAAUGGUAGAGACAAAGCCAAGCGCAGUGGAAGGAAAAAGAAAGUAAAGGAAAUGAAAACUGAGGGCAAAGGCUACGGAGAAAGGACGAGAAAAUCACAAGAGGACGAAGGGAAGGUCUUGGCGACUCGCGAGGGACCAGCAGGAACAACUGAUGGUUCGUUUGGGAGAGGAAGUCAGAAGAGGGGAGGAUCUUCUAAUGCAAGCUAUGAUCCCAGGCAUCGUGAGCCCGCUUUUUGCAAUGCAGAUAGAGCCUGCUGGUGGGAACUGUCAGCACUUGCCAAACAUGCUCACCCUGCUGUUGCUGCUAUGGCGAAGACAUUGCUCUCUGGCGCCAACGUGGUGUAUGCUGGGGACCCGCUGCGAGACCUAUCGCUUGCUGUGUUCUUGGACAGAUUUGUGGAGAAGAAGCCUAAAAAUCUGAAAGGAAGGCUGAGUGUCAACUCAAGAUCAGCAUUGCUGCAACUUGCUCAGAAAAAAGAGCUGGCUGUUGGAAGCAAGGAGUUUCAAAGGAUGGCACAGCAAGAUGUUGCAGCAGAGGAUGUCUUUUUUCACAAGUUUUAUAAUGCAAACAUCACAAAGGCUUCCAGCCGUGCAAGGAAGAAGAAAGAGAAGAAGGCAUUCGACGGGGACGAGUCAGAAGAUGAUCUUGGGCGGCUGGAUGGAGACAAUUCUAGCGAGGACGAGGAUGAGAUUGACGAACUGUUGGACAGAGAAGAGAGGACAGAGGGGAGGACAGAUCUCGAAGGUAGCAGAGUGGGGGCGGAUGAUGUGGAGUCAGAUUCUGAUUACGAUUAUGCGGCACUUGAUGACGACAUGAUGUAUGGAAGCAGUGAUGCUCAUGCUUCGGACAGUGAGGAAGAGAUGGACUUAUCGUCAGGGGAGGAAGAGGAGGAGGACGAUGGUGAUUGCAGGGGUAAUGAAGGUAAGGUCAAGAAAGGAAAUCAGGGCAAUGCUGACGGAAAGAGCGAUAGAAAGAAGAAGAGCUCCUCGAAGGAAAAGAAGAGCGUAAAGACGAAGCAACAGAAGACAGGGAAGAAGUCGUCCAAGCUGAAGCUUGGAGAUGAUGUCGAUAGUGAUAGUGAUGGGGUGCAGCAUUUGCUGAUGAAGGGUGGCAGUGAAGAUGAAGGUGAAGCAUGCGAAGAUGGUGAUGAUGCUGCGGACGGAGAAGAUAGGGAUCAUCGAGCAGAAUCGGAAGGGACGAGGAAUGCUGGUAAGAAGAAAGGGAGGAGUGUCGGGAAGCGUAAGGGCCCCUUCGCAAGCGCUGAUGAUUACAAUCAUUUGCUCAUGGAUGGAGAAGGGGGUGGUGGGGAUGCUGAGAGUCGUCAGGCUACUUCAGACGACCGGAAGGGAAGAGGAACAAAAAGAAAAAGAAUGGAGGGAAAGGCGAACAGAGAUGGUGGUAAGCAAGGACGGGGGGAAGGACGGGGAUUGAUAAAUAAAUUAAAGAAGUAGCUAGGCAUGAGGUCUGCAUUGGCAUCCUUCUUCCUCGAGAAGUGCCCACAGUUCUCUGUGCGAUACUGACAAAAGUGUGGUGAUCUGGUAAAGGAAAAAGGAAGGGAGGGAAAGAGGUAAAAACAAAGAGGUUUUUGCUGC